AUGACCACCUACGCCGCAAUCUCUGAUGGCAGUGCUGGUCCCUCUGCAAGACCAAGCUCCGACGAGAUGCCACGGUCACGAAGGAGAAACUGGGAAGGCGCUGGCCAGGCCUCCAUGCUCAGCAGUAUCAUAAAUCUGCUAAAUACAAUCGUGGGUGCCGGCACCCUGGCCAUGCCGUCCGUUCUCUCCCACAUGGGCAUUGUGCUGGGUUCCAUCAUGAUCGUCUGGUCUGGCCUCACCGCCGCCUUUGGUCUCUACCUCCAAGGCCGUUGCGCUCGCUACCUCGACUGCGGGCGCUCCUCCUUCUUCGCCAUAUCGAAGCUCACCUACCCGAACGCCGCCGUCUUCUUCGAUGGAGCCAUCGCCGUGAAGUGCUUUGGCGUGGGCGUCUCGUACCUCAUCAUCAUCGGCGACCUGAUGCCCAAGGUGGUCCUGGGCUUCGACAGCAGCAUCCCCGAAACCCGCCCCUACCUCGUCCAGCGGGACUUCUGGGUCACCGCUUUCAUGCUGCUCGUCAUCCCGCUGAGCUUCCUGCGCAAGCUCGACUCGCUCAAGUACACCAGCAUCGUGGCCCUCUUCUCCAUCGGCUAUCUUGUCAUUCUCGUCGUCUACCAUUUUGGCACCGGCCCGCUCGCGGAUAAAAACGACCUACGCAUCGUGCAACCGCAGAGUGCUAUCGCCUUUCUGAGCAGCUUGCCUGUGGUUGUAUUUGCCUAUACAUGUCAUCAAAACAUGUUCUCGAUUCUCAACGAAAUCAAGGACGCCUCCCCCGGUAGCAUCGUCGGCGUCGUGGGCACGAGCAUUGGUUCUGCUGCCAGCAUGUACGUCCUCGUAGCCGUGACUGGCUACCUCACAUUCGGCAACAAAGUCACUGGCAACAUUGUGUCGAUGUACGACCCGUCCCUUGCUAUUCUCAUAGGCCAGCUCGGCAUCGUCCUCCUUGUCACCUUCUCCAUCCCACUACAGGUCCAUCCAUGCCGGGCCUCAGUGGACGCCGUCCUGAAGUGGCGUCCCAACCGCGGCCAGAACAACCCCGGCGCCCGCGCCAACUCCCCGAACAACGACCUCCCCCUCCUCAACCCGGCCGUCGCACCCGGCUCGGCCCGUCCCGACUCCGCAGCGGCGCCCAUGAGCGACACGCGCUUCGCCCUGCUCACCUCCGUCAUCCUUGUCGCCAGCUACCUGGUCGCCCUCUCGGUGUCGAGCCUGGAACGCGUGCUCGCGUACGUCGGCAGCAUCGGGUCGACCAGCAUCAGCUUCAUCCUGCCGGGCCUCUUCUACUACAAGAUCAGCGACCCGGAGAGCAUCCACCACCAGCGUCUCUUGAAGGAAGACGACGACGCCGGCGACAUGCUCGCCUCCGACGACGACGACGACGAAGAAGCGGACCCGGCCCUGGCGAACAGCAUCCAGAGCAUCCGCAGUGCCGCCAGCGUCGCCCUCGACCCCCGCAAGUGGCGGAGGCGGUGGAGGUGGGACCUGGAGCACCUCGAGCACGACUUGCUGCGGAAGCUGGCCAUCGGCUUGGCCGGCUAUGGCGUGAUCGUCAUGGUUGUCUGCUUGACCAUGAACUUGGUAUUCGAAGCCUCUCACUGA